GGCCACGUCCCCUGGUUUGCCUACUUGAUUCGUCGCGUUCCGGGGGGUAUUUCCGGUCGAAACUACUUUACGUUGGUCAGCAAUAAGCAAGUCAAGGGGCAGGAAGCCACUACCUAGUUUACCAUCAGCCUUACGACCAUUACGACCAUCAGGAUGCAUUUUUUCCCAAGAGCUUUCACUCUCUCAAGCUCUAGUUCUACUCCCAGCACGGACCACGUUCUUUCCACAACGUCACGAAACACCCAGAAGAGGAAGACAUUAGCCUCCCAUUCAUCCCAAACCGAUUCUGACACUUCAUUCUCAUCGUGGAAACCGUCAAAACGUAGCAGAUUCUCGUCACUAUUUACGUUGGGAUCGUUUGAUUUUUCAAUCGGGGAAACGAAGUCGGCUCACGCUUCUUCCCCGAUUCCAGUCCCAUCUGCACCGAAAGGCCUCAAGCCUUUCAAGUCUAGGGCGUCACUUUCAUCAAUGGGAGCAGUUUCAAAGUCUCCACCGACGUGCACCAUCUCACUUGAAAACGCUACAGCCAACCCUCGGGUGUUAACAUCUCGCGAUGUCAAUGCUAUUCCUUUCCCAUCCACCUCUCCACCCUCAAGUCCUGAAGCUUUUCCUAGUGGAAAGCAUACUCGGUCUCGUUCCAAUCAUGUUCUCCUACGUCAGUCUUCGCCUCGCACACACUCAUCAUCUAAAGGUCAUAAACGCAAUCGCUCAUGUAUUUCCGCGUCGGAGCUGGCUCCAGGGGGAUAUGAACGACCGUCAACUCCUCUUCCGUCAUCUUUAUAUGAGCAUGACGAUGAUAAACCUUGUCCCAAGAUAGAACUACCGUCGCUAGUCGACAACGAAACUCUCUGUCCAAGUUUAUUGAAGAAGAGGGCGGACGCAAAGCUCGUGGCCAUGGUCAGAAGAAGCGUUAUGACUGGCUUGCGGGAAAGUGCCGUCGCUGCUUUGAAAGCAAGCGCUGUUCCUGCUUUCGCUUCUGAACCGUUUGACUUGAGUGGACACUCGUUUGAAACGAGCAGCACACUCGUCGGAUCCGGUUCUCCUGAGUCUGGCAGCGGUAGCGUUACCUACGACUUUCUCAGUUCAUCCGAAGCGGACGCGGCGCUGGAGCGAAAAGCCGAGCUCAUGGAACAGGACAGGAUUCUUGUCCAUCGAUUAGGCAAGUACCUCGACGAUUGGGGGUAUCGAGAGAGACGAGCACCUUUGACGGUUCCCUCGUUUCACCCGGGAUCUUACAUUACGUUCUUGGAGGAAGGGACUGACAAGGAGAACAUUCAUUCCACGUUCCUUACCUCCUUGGGCAGCAGUGACGAUGCGGAUGAUGACGACCCUUUUCUUCCCAUGGACGUCGACGAACCCGAUGUCAGUAAUGCUAUGCAGGUUGAGGUAUCAUCUACACCGCCUGAACCGUCCCAUAUCCGUCGUUCGUCGCCCUCCCCUCCUCCUGUCAUUCCCACAUGUCGUGCGGAACGGAAUCUCGCACUAGAUCAGCUCGUCGCCACGUUGACUCUCAAACACCGUGGGGGUAGGAAGACGAGGCCUGGCGAGGUUGAGCAAAGAAUUAGGCAUCGUUCUAAGCUAAAGCUUGAGCUUUGUUGAAGGUGACAUCGUAGAUUUGGUCCAAGUCAACUCGGCUAUGUUCUACAAUGUUGAGCUGAGCUCUCUGUUGGUUGCUGGGCGAACGUGUAAUGUUAUUGAUAUUAAUGGUCGAGCCGGUGUGAUAGCGUAUUCUGGUUCGACAGACGCGCAUCUCGGCUCUUCUAUGGAUCAAUUUAUUGAACAAAAACGUCAAAUCCCACGAUCUCUCGGCUUCCUUUCGCAUUGUGGUUCCUUACAUUUUCCCCAUCUUCAUCUUACUUUAGCAUCCUCUUACUGUCAUUGUCGCAUUUGCUUUCUAAAAACACAUCACAUACUACCACAUAUACCCACACGCACACACAUCUGUAUAUAUAGCAUUCAACAUCACGCAUCUUGCAUUGCUCUCCGCGAUCAUUCAUUUCGAAUUCUUUGUCGACGUUGCUGAGGUUUUGGGUUUUGUUACAUUUUUGUUACUUUCUUUUUUCAUCUUGCUUCGCCAACUGUGAAGCCAAGUUCUUUCUUCCGACAGGUGCUCAGAUCACCUUGCAUCUCAUGAAGCCGGUUUUCAAACAGUUGAUGAUCAUGUUAUGUUAAUGUACAUGAGGUUACGAACGACGAUGGUUUCCUGCAAAAAAUACAUUUACCUAUCUCGG